CUGGCCGCCGCCGCUCCCACGCCCGGAAGCGGAAGAGCUUCGGCGACACCGACUUCCGGUUCCGGUGCGCGGUGCCCUUGGGCUGUCUGGGGACAUGGCGGCGCCGGUGCUGCUGCGGGCGGGGCUGGCAGGGCCCCGCGGCGCCCGGAUGGCUUUCCUCGGGAGGACGCUCCUCUGCCGCCCCGCCGUGCUGGCGGCCGCCGCCGCCCGGAGCGCCCCGGCCCGGCACAGCCACAGCCCCCCGCAGCCGGGCCACGGCAGUUCCAAGGCUGCGUCUUUGCACUGGACAGGUGAGCGAGCUGUCAGUGUCCUUUUGCUGGGUCUCCUUCCUGCAGCCUACCUGUAUCCUGGACCAGCCGUGGACUAUUCACUGGCUGCAGCCCUCACGCUCCAUGGCCACUGGGGUCUUGGACAGGUUAUAACUGACUACGUCCAUGGAGAUACACCGAUUAAACUAGCCAAUACAGGUCUGUACGCACUGUCAGCUGUUACCUUCGCUGGCCUCUGCUACUUUAACUAUUAUGAUGUUGGUAUCUGCAAGGCUGUUGCCAUGCUGUGGAGCCUCUGAGAUGCGACCGAGUCCCUGACAGAUACGAUUGUUCACCGCUGCCUCUGUCUGCUUCAUCAUAUUUUUACCAACAUGUUUAAUGCAAAAAAAAUGAAUAACCAAGAGUCCACAGUGUGUACAUACUAGCGAGUUCAGAGCUAGUCUUUUAGAAGUAAAUAUCCUACAGCAGUAAAAAUGUUAGAAAAGGGAAAGUAGAUUUAAAGUGGGUAAUGUCCAGGUGAGAGUGAGUUGAUUUAAGCUGCACUGUAAAUUGGGAGGAAUUAAUUACAUCAAUAACAGACAUAUAGCUGAAGGUAACUUGCCUUGUAAUGGCAUCUUUAAUGAGUGUUUCUCUAAAACAACUGUUGUUUGGUUUCCUAUUUCAUAAAACUUGACUUGUGGAAAAUGGGAAUGUUAUUUCUGACAUUACAAAACUGAACUGUAUGUAAGGCACACCUGUAACUCUUUGGACCCUGAGAGGUGAUGUAGAAAAGGGAAUACUUUUUUCUUAAUCCAUACAAUAAAGAAUUUACAGAA